UGGCGGCUGCUUUACUUUCUCCUUUUUCCGUCGCUCCUCCUUGUAUAUAACCAAUCACCUAGCUCCUUCUUCAUCUCUCUCUCUCUCUCUCUCUCUCAGUAGCUUACGGACGAAGAAAGCUAAGUCGGCAUAUAUAAGAGGAGGGAGGUGAGAGUAGUAAUACACACUUCUGUACACACAUACAUGGAUAGAAAACGAGGGGAAGAGCAGGCGCCGCCGCCGUUGAUCUUCGGGGAUAUGAAGCGAAGCCCCUCGGAACUCGCUAUGGAGGAACUCUUCAGCAAGGAUGAUGAUCGGAAACCAGUCGGCGGUGGCGAAAUUCGCAACCAGAGCCAAAGAGCUCGUCGCGUUUUCGCCGACGCUGCCGACGCUCUUCUCGCCGGUAAUAGCCUCCUCCAUCAUCAGAUUACUCCUCCUGCCGAUCAUCUUUCCUUUCCAGCUUCCACUAAUCCGGGGAUAGUGAACAAUUAUCAGAAUUGUAUUGGAGUAACAGAUACACCUUUAUGGUCUCAAACUGUCACUUCAAGGCAGUCCAGCAUCACAGCAACUAUUGAUUCACAGUCAUCAAUAUGUGUUGGCAGGCCAAACUCAGGAUCUCAACCAAAAGACACAGGUAAUCCAGCCACAGGAGCGACCAGUGGUUCCUCAUGCGAGCAAUCAGAUGAUGAUGACAUGGAUACAGAAGCAAGCCCAUGUGAACAGGGCACUGACCCCAUCUAUGUAAAACGCAUCAAAAGAAUGAUUUCAAACAGGGAGUCUGCUAGGCGUUCAAGACGGAAAAAACAAGCACAUCUGCAAGACCUUGAGCGGCAGGUUGAAAGAAUGCAAGGAGAAAAUGCAACUCUGUUCAAGCAACUUACAAAUGCUACUCAUCAAUUUAAAGAUGCUACCACCAAUAAUCGAGUGCUUAAGUCAGAUGUUGAAGCUUUGAGAGCCAAGGUGAAGCUGGCCGAGGAUAUAAUUUCCAGAGGAUCGUUAAACUCUAGUUUGAGUCAUCUUCAGAAUCAUUUGAGCACUCCCCAACCAUUUAGCAGCCACAAUAUGCCCCGGCUGGGCAAUGUCACGCCUACAAUCACGGUCCACGGAGACGAUGUCUCAUUUUCUGGAAUUACAGUUUCUGGGCAAAAUUCGACUAUUGGACUUGAAAAUGCCGACACCUAUAAUGGUAGCUGCACGACCGGCAAUAUCAGCGAGGCUCUCAGCUGUGUGUCGGAGACAUGGCCCUGGGAAUCUCAUGCACCAGCCAUUUCCAAAUAAUCCUGGUUUACUGCAGUGUUCAGAUUGUAAUCCUGGUUGCUUUGGAGCUUUUUAUUGGUCUUUGGCAUUCACCGGGAUGGCAAUUUUCAUAUUGCUUUCUUUCUUGCUUGCUUUCUCUCUAAACUGGCGUUGUGGCUUUGCAUGUUAUGCUCCCUAGUUGUGAACUCUGGUUUGGAGCAGUCUAUAAACCCGUAGCUAAACUUUGAUGUUUGGAAACUGUAGGCGUUGGCUAGUCCAUUUCGAUGGAACGUAAUAUUGUUAGAAUUGUAACCAUCAUUAGAAUUGUGGUUACAUUGGAAUAAAUUUUCGAAUGAUAAGAUAAAUAUUUAAAAUUUAAAUUUAUUUUAAAUUUACUCAUAUUUGAAUUUUAAUAAGAUAAUGAGAUAAAGUGAUUAAAAUUUGAAUUAGAUUUAAAUUUUUACUCAUUUGAAUUUUAAAGAGAUGUGUCUAUACAUAUUUAUAUGUGUGUGAUACAUAUAAAUAAAUAUAAAAUUCAAUAAAAAACACAACAAUCAAAAUUCGUUUUUGAUCGUUCAUAUACUAUUUUCGAUGUUAUCAUUUAAGCUUCGGACAGACAAGGAGUGAAUAUAUAAGAAAAUUUGUAUAGUUUUCUUUUACGGUGAUAGUUAGACAAAUUAAUUUUUAUUAUUUUCUAUGAUUCAAGUAUUUUACAUAUCAUUUCUAAUUUUAUUAAAAAUUUUAUAGUGGUAUCAAAGCCAGUUUUAUUUGUCUACACUGUUAUGAUUGAUCAUUCGUAGUCACGGUUUUAAUAACUUGUGAUAUUUUCUAUGUAAAAUAUUUUUUGGUCUCUCUAUUUGUUGUGAUUCAGCCGUGGCUGAGGCAGUCGCUGACGGCUGCGUAUGUCAGAGCCGCUGGGCUUGCUGCUUGUGGGUCUUCUCUUAUGGGUUUUUUGUGAAAUCUUCGGUGUGAUGGAUGGCUGCAAAUGUCGCGGUUCGUGGGCGAUGCUUUGGUGUCGAAGGCGCUCAAAGGAAGACAGACGUGGAACGAGAGUCGUCCUCGCGGUGGCUGAGGCCGUCCUUGGCGAUCGCAUACGUCGCGGCUAGUGAGAGGUCCAUCGCCAGCGAGUGUUGGGUGGUUGUGGCCGUGGUCGUGGUCAAUGACGCCAUGGUCGCGACCUUUUGACUUCUACCAUGGACGAUUCACGUUUCUCCUCCUUCACCACGCAUCGUCUCUGACCAGCCCUUUUUUCCAAGCUUCUCCGACCGAUCACGAUGGUCGAUCGCGGCUCACGGUGGUUGCCUUCAGCCAUCUAAGUUCGUUGUGGCCAAUUGCUUGAGGCAUUUCUUCUUGUCGUGGCCACUUUCCUCUCGGUCGUGGGGCGAUCAAUUUUUCCAUAGCCAUGGCCAACAGUUUGCUAUGGUCGCGGCCUCUUCUUGUUAUCAAUAGGCUGCCUCUAUGGUUGCCAUUAAAGACGACGGUGAGGGGAGAAGAAGGAGAAAAGGUGGCCGACGGCGAUGAAAGGAAAAGGAGAAAGAGAGGUGACCAACUGCGAAGCAAGGCAGAGAAGAAGAAGGCGGCAGUGACGCUGGUUCAAGCGAGAAAACCCUAACUGUGUUGGGGAAGAAGACCCACUAAGUGCUGGGUUGACCCACUGGCCUUAUCCGAAACAAGAGGUCUGGGCCAAUGGAUUUGUUCCAAUUGGGCUGGGCUGGGCUUGGGCUUGCCCUUGGGCAAUUUGUUUUAUUAAAAGUUAGAUCAGUUUUAAUUAAAAUUAUUUGAGCCUCAUUUUGCCA